AGGCAGUCACUCAGCCUUCAGGUCACUCUUUUCUUCGCCCAUGUCCUUAGGUCAAGCGCUACGGUACUAGCUGUCCGCGGACACCCGCGUUCGCAGACAAGUAGCGUUUAUCCGAGGGCGUGAGGCGUCUCGCGCGCAAUGGCGGAUAUGGCGUCGCUGGCGGCGUCAUUCUGGAGCGUGGUUGACGGGAUCGGCACGGUGACGCUAGCAUGGACGAUAGCUCUGCUGAUAGCCGCCACGUACAUCUCGAUGCAGUAUUCCCGCGAAAAGCAACGAGAUGCGCUAGCCAGUGCCACGCCGCUAGAAGAAAUGCCGCUGGAGCGACUAACUGACGCCGCACGGCACGACGCGUGCUUAGAUCAGAGCGGUGGGGAGGCGACAAGCGACGACGCGUGCACGGCGCACGGCGGCAGGGAGGAGUACGACGCGCUGGUAGUCGGCGCAGGCAUUGCGGGAUGUGCGCUCGCUUACUCCCUCGGAAAGGCGGGGCGGCGAGUGCUUGUGUUGGAGAGGGACCUAUCGGAGCCAGAUCGCAUCGUGGGCGAGCUGCUGCAGCCGGGCGGCUACCUCAAGCUCGUCGAGCUGGGCCUGCAAGACUGCGUGGAGGGCAUCGACGCGCAGCGCGUCGACGGGUACGCGCUGUUCAUGGACGGCAGCGACUGCAAGGUGUCGUACCCCACGCUCUCCACGGCUCAGCUCCACAUGCUCUUCGCCGGCCACCGCCUCGACUCGGGGGAAGGCGCGAGGGCGGGGGGCAGCGCGGCGGGCGCGGAGAUGUGGAAGGUGGCGGGGCGGGGCUUCCACAACGGGCGGUUCGUGCAGCGGCUGCGCGAGAAGGCGGCGUCGCUGCCCACAGUGACUCUGAGGGAGGCGACGGUGCUCGGGCUGCUGGAGGACGGCGACCGCGUCACGGGCGUCCGCUACCGCGCCGCUAAGCGCGCGCCGGGCAGCGCGCCGAGCGACGUGUGCGAGGCAGCAGUGGUGGGCGGAGCGAGCGAGACGGAGACGGAGGAGGGGGAGUUGCACGCGCCGCUCACCUUCGUGUGCGACGGGUGCUUCUCCAACCUCCGCCGCAGCAUCUCCAAGUCCAAGGUGGACGUGCCGUCGUCGUUCGUGGGGCUGCUGCUGCGCGACUGCGCCCUGCCGCACCCGCACUACGGGCACGUGGUGCUGGCGGACCCGUCGCCCAUCCUCUUCUACCCCGUCAGCAGCUCGGAAGUGCGCUGCCUCGUCGACAUCCCCGCCGGCACCAAGGUGCCCUCCAUCGCCUCGGGGGACAUGGCCGCCUACCUCACCCACACCGUCCUCCCGCAGCUCCCCAAGCAGCUGCAGGGGCCGUUCAGAGAGGCGGUGAGGGCGGGCGACAUCCGCUGCAUGCCCAAUCGCAUCAUGCCAGCUGUCCCCGUCACGCGCCCUGGCGCUCUGCUCAUGGGCGACGCGUUUAACAUGCGCCACCCGCUCACAGGUGGCGGCAUGACAGUGGCUCUGUCUGACGUGUCAGUGCUGACUCAGAUUCUUCGCCCGCUCAAGGACUUCCGCAACACUCGAGCGGUCUGUGAAUAUGCCGAGGCCUUUUACACCCGCCGCAAGCCCAUAGCGGCCACGAUCAACACGCUCUCCAUCGCCCUCUACCGCGUCUUCUGUGCCUCCAAGGACGAAGCCAUGAUGGCCAUGCGCCAGGCAUGCUUUGACUACCUGCAGCUGGGUGGGGUGUGCUCCGAGGGCCCCAUCUCGCUGCUGUCGGGCCUCAACCCGCAGCCGCUGUCCCUCGUGCUGCACUUCUUCGCCGUCGCCUUCUUCGCCCUCGCCCGCCUCCUCCUGCCCCUCCCCAAGCCAGGCCGUGUCUGGCUCGGUGCGCGCUUGAUACAGGGAGCUGUUCAACUAAUCGUGCCAAUCAUCAAGGCCGAGGGUGUACGGCGAGUCUUCUUCCCUGCAGUCUGUCCGUCCUACUACAAAUCUGCGUCCAUUAAUGCACCGAGCGUGCACGGCACCUCCGAGUCAUAAUGCUGGGGCUCCACAAAGCCCCCCUGUUCCUCCACCUGUUAAAUAGCGUAGAGGAACCCAGGGACAAAAUUGUUUUGUUGUAGAUUAUGAUUUGUUAUCGCCUUUAGGUUGACUAGUUCACUCAUAACAGUUAAGUUUAAGCUGGUCAAGUUUCAGAGUUGGUAGACAACUCGGACGGAUCGAGGCGUUGAAGCUGCAGGGUACAAGGUAGAUAUCUUUGUCAAACAUCUGUAUUUGUCAUGUUUGUAUAGACUGUAUAGGGUUACCUCUUAGAGGUCUAGGGGGUGUGUCAAACAUCUGUAUUUGUCAUGUUUGUAUAGACUGUAUAGGGUUACCUCUUAGAGGGUACAACACUUAGGUAUAUUUGUGUGUACUCUCACUUUACUCAAUCAU